AUGAAUCUCCCUGACCCUGACCCUCUAAACCAGGAAAUCACGAAUCUGGCCUCUGUAACAUCGUCAAACACAGCUCCACCCUCUAGCCACACCGGGUCAGUGCGCCUUUCACAUGCUCCUCGGUCUUCUGCCUCCGACGAUGACGAACAAGCUUCUGCUACACCGCAGCACCACCGCUAUGAAGGAGAAGCCUCGGGCGAAGAAGCUUCUUUUGCUGCUCACACCACACUGACAUCAACACUGAUUACGGAUGUCGCGGGUGAGGUAGAGAGCCCUACUGGUGAACCUGACGAAGUCGAUGUGCUGAAUGAGCUUAUUGGCGGGAGUUAUGCUACCGGUGGUGUGAGCUUGCAUUCGUUCACUCAGAGAAGACGGCAGGGUUCGGGUUCGUACUCGUCGUAUAGGUCUUGGAGACACGGGAGUGGUGACCGGAGUCGGAAUCCUGCUCACGAGGCUGCCGAGAGCCUGAGAAGUGCUAGCGAGCCUAGUUUGGUCAGCCUCGCUCGCCAAAAUCAGGUAGCAGAAUCGUUGUUAAGAGAGAGUAUGGAAAUGGACAUGGGGGCCGAGGUAGCGGAGCAGCAGGCUGAUGUGGGGAGGAUGGACUCGUCUCUGCCUGAGAACGAUGGUAUGAAGUCAAUCAGAGAGAAACUGCAGGAGAUUCGGUUGCUCGCUGUGUCUACCGAGGAGAAAGCACGAUUGAUGCACUAUCUUAUGAUGCAAGACUACCUAUCUCAUAAAGCGCGAAACCCGCAAGCGUCCGGAACCGCGUCCGAUGACCUUCAGGUAGGCUCGAUGUAUCUGCCUGUCGACCCAAAUAAUCCUUACAGCCUCGAGCCAUCCGACCUGGAACCGUCCUUCAGUCCACUGCCCGUCAUCCCACCAGAGACCAUGGAAGAUAAUGACGAAAGUAUAGUCGAUGACUUGCCGCCUCUCCUCGGGUGCAGACACUAUAAGCGCAAUGUCAAAGUCCAAUGCUUCGACUGCAAGCGCUGGUAUCCAUGUCGCCACUGCCAUGAUCACUCUUCGGCACUUCCGUUUCCACAUCAGCUGAACCGUACGAAGACCGAGAAUAUGCUCUGCAUGCUCUGUCGUACGCCACAACCUGCUGGUGAACUUUGUAUCAACUGUGGCGAGUACUCGGCCUGGUACUACUGCCCCAAAUGCAAGCUCUGGGACAAUGAUAACAAUAAACGCAUCUAUCACUGCGAUGACUGCGGUAUCUGUCGAGUCGGCGAAGGGCUGGGAAAGGACUUCGUGCAUUGUCGGCGCUGCAAUGUCUGCAUUUCGAUUUCGACAUCCGCAUCGCACCCGUGCAUUGAGCGGGCAACCGAAGGCGAUUGUCCGUUGUGCUUGAUCCGGCUAUUCGAGUCAUCCACGCCGGUUGUGAGCCUUCCCUGUGGCCAUUAUAUGCAUGGAGAAUGCUAUCGAGAUCUUAUGGCCGUGACGUACAAGUGCCCAGUGUGCAGCAAAAGUGCUAUCAAUAUGGAGCUGCAGUGGCGCAAGCUGGACGAUGAAAUCCGCGUUCAGCCUAUGCCAGAGGACGACGAGGAUCUGGAAGGUCUUCUGCCACAUGUUGAUGAUGAAUUAGCUCAACCUCCUACCGAGGCUUCCGCGGAUGCAGAGAGUACUGAGCAGCCUAGAAGACCGCGCACAGUGUACAUUGGCUGCAAUGAUUGUGGUCGCCGGAGCUGGUCCCCUUUUCAUUGGCUCGGUCUAAAGUGUCAAGUCUGCGACAGCUACAAUACGAAUCAGAUGGCGCCCACGGCUGUACAGGAGACUGAUGCCGAACGCCUGAUCCGCCAGCAGAACCAACGCCAUCGCCAGCACGACUUCACUGGUAAUGCUGUGCUCCGUGACGCCGGUAUAGGAGCUGACGAGGCCCUGGAAGUCGAGCAAGCAACUCUACAAGUGCCAACGUCGCCUUCCCAACUACCGCUCAACAACGACAGCAGACGUACCAGCGGCGCCCAAUCACCAGGCCGACGCUACUUUGUCCAAGAGGAACAAGAGCGUCGGCCAAGCUUCACGAGUCGAGGCUUCUCCACACCGACUCUCCCUACUCUGCCUCAUCUCCCAAAUUUGCCGAACUUGCCAAACUUCCCGAACCUGCCACAGCUGCCAGAUAUGCCACGCCUCCCUCGCAUGCCUAAUAUCCGCGACAUGCCAAAUAUGCCCAACAUGCCCAACCUCGAACUCCCUCGCUUCUCCCCAUUCGAAAUGUUCGAUGCCGUCAGCCGCAGUCUAUCGCCCAUGCGGUACUACCUCCAAGGCUUCGAUAUGGGCAACGAACCCUUUCGCAGACGAAGAUCUGCAGCGGCAGCCGUUGAUCGGAACAGGAGUCCGGACAGUGUGAGGAGUGAUCCUGCUGGCCUUGCUACCACUUUACCGAAGAGACCGAAACUUGGUUCUUCUCCUAUGAUGGACGAUGAGGACGAUGUUGUUGGCUUGUGGAGCUCAGACGGACACGGACAGGAUGAUGGGACGGACGAUAGUCUGCAAGAUGUUGGUGGCGAGGAGGACUCGAGUGAUAGCUCCAGCGGAGAGGAAGAGGACGAAGAUUUUGAGAUGGCUGACGAAGAGGGGGAGGAUGAAGUUCAUGGAAUCGAGCUCUUUGGGCAUCGGUAG